AUGACGUAAAGUGUGACGACGCGAGAAGACACACGACGACAGUCUUCUUGUCAGGCCUAGGCUGAGUCGGUUGUGUGCAGCGAAUAGGUGGCGAAGAUGGCCUGAAUAGCAGGAUGAGAGUCGCUCUACGCCCAGGGAUAGCAGAAUCCGCAGAUUUCCGCAGAGCAUCCCUGAACUAAGGUUGUUUGUUUGCUGAGCGAUAACGUCACUGUUCUCGGACCGCGUGUUUUCGUCGGCGCCUGGUUUGUUUGUCGGAAGUAUUCGAGUUGGUAGAUCGUUUCCACAGCACCUCCAUGGUCUAUAUAGCAGUUUUGACAGGCUGAAGGCGAUCCUUACCAUCCAACUGGGAAAAAACUUGCACAUCAACAAACCGAAGACUCCUCGGUCGUCAUCAUACGUCAUCCCCGCAAGUCAACACAAAAGACCCGAAUUUGUAGGGGCAAUUAUGACUACGGAAAUCGAGAUAGACCUGCCCACGGGGCUUCCUAAACUAUCGAUCGAGCUCCUGCCCGACGGCGAGGAGGAAGAAAGACGUUGGAGCAAGUACCCUCGCCACGAUCAUUGUAACCGUCUUCCCGUGCGUCAAGAAGUCAUGGCACAGGCUGCUAAGGUCCCACGUCACAAGUCGACAACUCUCCAGCAGAUGGCAGGAGAGGUGGAGGCUACGACAGGCGUGGACCUCAGACACAGCUCCUCCUCCCCAGAGUGUCGACAGCGGAGUUACUCCAACAACAUGGGGUCCACUGUCGGAGGGGGAGGGGGCGGAGGGUUCAAUCGCCACGCCAAGCAGAGGUCAAGUCUCUACAUCAAACUUCGCCGGACGCCCACCGCUCCCUAUAGACUGAGCAUUCUGAACGAGAACAACGGGACUGGAAGUGGCAAUGACACAGGUGUCCACACUACGCCAGUGGCUGGGCCCGACCACCCAGAGAGCCAGUUCAGCUUCCCUGACGGCCUGUCUCCAGCCAGACAGUCUUCCUCUACUCCAGACCUGUUUGGCAAAGCCAGUCCUGAGGACUCCACUCCUCCAAUCUCCUCUCCCUCAACUGCCGCCAAGAGGCUGGGUGCCGCAGGUCGCCGUAACUCCUUCCUCUAUGAAACUGAUGACGACACUGCACUUCCCGCUUCCUCCUUGUCCAGCCAUAUGGAGGAAACUUUUGUCACUCCAUUUGCACAGAUCUUGGCCACAAUGCACAAGGUGCGACAGAGUUUCAUCCACCUCAUGAACCUACCGGAGGACACACAUCGACACUUUCACCACAAACCCCUCACCCCUAACCCCCUCUCCAGAAAACCUCCCCUCACUCCUUUCGACAGGAAACUCUCCCUAGACGCCAUCAGACAGCAUGCGGUGGGCACUCUAGAGCAGAUAGACUGGUGUCUACAGCAGCUGGAGGGAGUGGACUCGGCCAAGGCAAUGGGAGGACAACUGGCCCAGGACAAGUUCCACAGACUCCUGUCCAGCAAGCUCUCCAACAUGUCAGAGCACAGCAAGAGUGGUCACCAGCUGGCAGAGUGGGUCCAGGACAUCACAAGGUCCACCAACGAGAGGAACCAGCAGGUGGACAGGGCUCUGAGUCAGGACACGGGAGGAAAGACGGACAUGCAGCCACCUCGACUCUCAGCCUCCAUGUCUCACGACGUCUGGAGGAAGAGGGCCAUGGUCCGCUCCAGCACCGGGACACAGAUACAGCUCCUCAGUGAAGACAGCGAGACAGUACCCACGUUUGGAGUAACAAAUUCAAAGAUGAAUGCUCCCCAGAUGAGGAAGUUUAUGCAGGAGGAGGUGGGGCUGUGGAGUCCAGAUGUAUUCAGACUGGACAUUAUCUCGGCUGGCAACUCACUGGUUUGUGCAGCUUACAACAUCUUCAAGACAAGACAGUUCUCAUGCCUCUUCAAAAUCUCUCCUCCCACUUUCAUCAACUUCAUUCUCGCCAUACAGAAUCGCUACCGCAGCACUAACCCCUACCACAACCACAUACAUGCAGCAGACGUCCUACUGACCACUGACACUCUCCUCAAGGCCAAACCUCUAGAGACGGUUUUCUCUAAGCUAGAGAUGCUGGCGGCCCUGGUGGCCGCGGCGGUCCAUGAUGUGGACCACCCCGGUCGCUCCAACCAGUUCCUCAUUGAGACCAACAACCAACUGGCUCUCCUCUACAAUGAUAACUCAGUACUCGAGAACCACCAUCUCGCCGUCGCCUUCCAGACUCUGGCGGAGCCUGGUUGUAACUUCCUGGAACAGCUGGACAAAGAGCAAACCAAGGCCUUUCGAAAAUGGUCAUUGACAUGGUGUUGGCUACAGACAUGUCAGUUCAUUUCAAGCACCUCGCGGAGAUGAAGACACUCCUUGAGACCAAGACCCUCACCAACGAUGGCAUUCUGGAGCUGGACACUUACAAAGAGAGAUCAGAGGUACUAUAUACGUUGUACAUGUGCAUGUCCACCUCUUGUAUACUAACUGGUAGCCAUGGUUCUACUGGCAUGGCAACCGUGGUUCAGGAUCUCUGAUGGAUCUGUGGCUUUAUUGCACAUAUGCUCCAAAUCCAUACUUGGUGCAUAGCAUGACUUGUACCCUAUAGACGCAGUGUUCUUUCUCUAAUGGUGUUGUGGUAGAGGUGCUUUGUCUUAGGGUUGCAGUGUUUU